GCAGUCAGUGUGUUGAGUCUGGUCGCGCAGUUAAACUACAAAAUGUUUUUCUACCUCCUACUGACGAUCUUAACCUUAAUUUAUUUCGUUUCCACCCGGAAAUAUGACUAUUGGAAGAAAAGAAAUGUACCGCACGUCAAACCAACGUUCAUGUUUGGUAACUAUGGAGAUUGGAUACUUAUGAAAAAGUUCCAGGGAGGAGUUAUUCAGGACCUCUGUAAGAAAUUUCCAAACGAAAAGUUUAUUGGAGCCUAUUUUGGCACAGAACCAGUUCUGAUUCCUAUAGACCCUGAAGUUAUCAAGUUGAUUGUCACUAAAGACUUUUAUUAUUUUAACGGCAGAGAUUUAUCUGAACACAGCCACAAGGAACCGGCUGCUCGGAAUCUGUUGAUCAGUCAUGGAGAUAACUGGAAGGUGUUACGACAAAAUAUGACUCCCUUGUUCUCAACAGCCAAAAUCAAGAAUAUGUUUCACCUCAUCGCAAACUGUUCUUAUGCAUUCGAAUCCAUGUUGGACCGAGAGAUUGGAAUGUCCGCGAAGGUAGAAGCUGAAGAUUUAACUGCCAGGUACACAAUAGAAUGCAUCGUUUCUUGUGCGUUUGGUGUGGACGCGAACACAAUGUCAGAAGAGGUAGCAGACAACCCUUUUAAAAAAUUAACGCAGUUCGUGAACCCACCUAAAACGAUCGCUCCAUAUGUGCUCUUGCGUUCAAUGUGGCCAUCAAUAUUUUAUGGAUUAGGAUUAAAAAUUGUAGGAAAACAAAUUGACUUUUUCAAUAAUUUAAUUACUAACGUAAUGGAAACACGUAAUUACAAGCCCUCAGGUAGAAACGACUUCGUGGAUAUCAUUAUGACUUGGAAACAGAGCAGCAAAAUAGUCGGCGACAGUGUGAAAAACAUGAAAACUGGCGAAAGUUUAAAAGUGGCUUUAGAUGUAAAUGAUAAUCUGUUGUCUGCUCAGUGUUUCCUGUUCUUCAAUGCUGGAUUUGGAACUUCCUCUUCGACUCUGAGCUUUACUUUUUACGAAUUAGCCAAAAACGCAGUGAUUCAGGAUAAGGUUUUGGCAGAAGUGGAUGCUUUGAUGGCUCGUCACGAGAAUAAACUGAUUUAUGACUGUGUAACAGAGCUUCCCUACCUGGAAGCUGUUAUUUCUGAGGCUCUGCGGCUUCAUCCAAUUCUGCCUAUGAUCAGUCGGGAGGUGAUGGAAGAUUACACUUUGCCUGGCGGUGUGCAGCUUAGCAAAGGUCUUCGAGUACAUUUGCCUGUGUAUUAUUUACAUCACAAUCCAGAGUACUUCCCAGAGCCAGAAGAGUUUCGACCAGAAAGGUUUCUCGGCGAUGAGAGGAGGAAUAUCAACCCGUACACAUACCUGCCGUUUGGAGAGGGUCCCCGAAACUGUAUCGGUAUGCGCUUCGCUAAGAUGCAGAUGUUGGCUGGUCUAGUGACAGUGUUGAAGAAGUACCGCUUGGAGCUGGAUGACGGCAUGCCGAGGACUCUCUCAUACAAGACACACACAACCACAGCACACGCAGACGGAGGGAUCCGACUCAAGCUGGUUGAGAGAGAUGGGUGGCAGAACAGAGUUUUUGUUAAAUAGAUAUAGUGGUUUCUUAGGUUUACGCGAAUGUUAGACAUUGAAAUGAAACUACUUUUGC